GCAAAUGAAUAUGGCAUGAAUUUGUGGUUAGUUUGUAACUGACAUAACGAUUAGACCUCAAAAAACAUGAGCACAGAAGUGCAUACACAUGUACAUUGGAUGCAUACCCGGCAAAACCAAUUUAUUGUUAAAUACUUGGAGAUCAAUGGCCGUAACGCGCUUUAUAUCGUUCGUUUGGCGAGGAACAUGGUAUGUUGGCAGUUGGGCAUUUCUCAUUAUAAGGGAUGUAUUCGGGCGGUUAUUCGGAAGAGAUCCGUAUACACAAUAUAAAGAAUUACAGAUGCGGGCAGACGAUUCAACGAAAGAGGCCGACAACUUAAGAAUGAAAAGCGAUGACAUUGAAGAGGAGAACGAAAAUUUGUGCAACAAUUACGUUACACAGGACACACAAAUCCGACGGUUGGACAAAGAACCCAACGGGAGGAGAAUAUCACCAUGUCCCCAUGAAAUUGGGGACAUAAAAAAGUAACUAAUUCUACAUUAUCCUGCACUGAAAUAGCAAGAUUUGUUGUGUGGCAUGAUCUUGUAUCUUUCUUUCUUUGGAUUAAAGAUGGCUGAGUGGUUU